AGCCUAUUGAAAACACCUACUUCCGGUCUGUGGGGCGACUCUGAAUCAUGGGGCGAAUCAGAAACGCCAGCAGGCGGAACAAUUAUGGGCCUUGUUCGACUAUUAUGAUUUCCCAACACUGAAGCUGGAGCGCUGAACUGAACUGGUCAAGGCUGACGUUGGAGCCAAAUCUUACAACGUGCAUGAUCAACAUUUGGAUCGGUUAAUAACGUGGGAAAUUCUGUGGAAUAGUUGUCUGAUUCCACCUGUCCUAUGGCAUGACUUUUGAAGAACUUGAUUUUCUUCUAAACUCCAAGAAACUGUGAACUUUGUAAGUUGUACAAGACACCUUAACGUUCGAAGGGGUGCUUUUCCUAAAAAAAAAAAAAUGGAUCAGCAAGCAGCUGGUGCGGAGGACCCCAAUAAGCAACCGAAAAAGAAAUCAAAUGAUGAUGAUAGUAAGAACAAAAAGCUGAAUAUACAAAUUAAAACAUUGGCUGAUGACAUGCGUGACAGGAUUACAAGCUUUCGAAAGCAGGGCACAAAGAAGGAGAAGCCCGUUAUCCAGCACCCAACAGACCCCGUCUCCACGCAUUCUGAGCUACCUGUACCGCAGCCACUUUUUGAUGAGCGUUCAUUGAACCUCUCUGAAAAAGAGAUUGUUGACUUGUUUGAAAAGAUGAUGGAGGAUAUGAACCUGAAUGAAGAACGUAAAGCCCCUCUACGUGAAAAGGACCUGAGCACUAAACGAGAGAUGGUUGUCCAGUACAUCUCUGCCACAGCUAAAUCUAUAACUGGGAGCAAAGUGGCGGGGGGCCUGAGAAACAGCAAGCAUGAGUGUACGCUGUCAUCACAGGAAUAUGUGCAUGAGCUGCGUUCUGGCAUUACUGAGGAGAAAUUGCUCAACUGCCUUGAGUCUCUGCGUGUGUCUCUAACCAGCAAUCCUGUCAGCUGGGUGAAUAAUUUUGGCCAUGAGGGUCUUGGACUGCUUUUGGAUGUACUGGAGAAGCUUCUUGACAAGAAACAACAAGAGGUCAUUGACAAGAAGAACCAACACAAACUCAUCCAGUGCCUCAAAGCCUUCAUGAAUAAUAAGUAUGGAUUGCAAAGGAUACUUGGGGAUGAGCGAAGCCUCCUCCUUCUGGCCAGGGCUAUUGAUCCCAAGCAGCCGAAUAUGAUGACAGAGAUUGUGAAGAUCCUGUCUGCAGUCUGUAUUAUUGGAGAGGAGAACAUUCUGGAUAAGAUCCUGGCAGCCAUGACAAUUGCAGCCGAGAGAAACAACAAAGAGAGAUUCGCUUCAAUAGUAGAGGGUCUGGAGAACCAUGAUGCUCAGCAGCUUCAGACAGCCUGUAUGCAACUAAUCAAUGCCCUAGUCACCUCUCCGGAUGAUCUGGACUUCAGAAUCCAUUUACGGAAUGAGUUUCUGCGCUGCGGCCUGAAGAAGAUCCUGCCAGAGCUGAAGGAGACAGAAGAAUUGGACAUUCAGCUGAAGGUGUUCAAUGAGAAUAAGGAGGAGGAUUCUAUUGAGCUCUCACACCGGCUUGAUGACAUCCGCACAGAGAUGGAUGAUAUGGAUGAGGUUUACCAUAUUCUGUCCAACAUGGUGAAAGAUACAGGCUCAGAGUCCUAUUUCCUAUCCAUUCUUCAGCACUUGCUGCUCAUCAGGAAUGACUACUAUAUCAGACCUCAAUACUACAAGGUGAUUGAAGAAUGUGUGGCUCAGAUUGUUCUUCACCGGAGUGGAAUGGACCCUGACUUUGGUUACAGAGAGCGACUAGAUGUAGACUUCACCCAACUCAUUGAUCAGUGUGUAGAUAAGGCCAAGUUGGAGGAGAGUGAACAGAGAGCAGCUGAAUUCUCCAAAAAGUUUGACGAGGAAUUCAGCGCACGACAGGUGGCACAAGCUGAGUUGCAGAAACACGAGGAGAAAAUCAAAGAGCUGGAGGGGAAGAUCACCUCCAUCCAGAGUCAGGUUGCAGCUGGAGGCACUCAAAGAGUUCUAUUACCAACAGAACCACCUCCUCCUCCCCCUCCACCAGGAGCACCCCCUCCACCUCCUCCUCCCCUUCCAGCAAGUCUGGGACCUCCACCACCACCACCACCACCACCUGGCUUUGGUCUGCCACCUCCACCCCCUCUUCCUGGAGGAGUUCCUGCACCUCCUCCACCUUUCUUUGGAGCCCCAGGUCUCCCUCCUAUACCAGCUGUCCAAAAACUACCUUAUGGCCUACAGCCCAAGAAGACUUAUAAACCUGACACAGCAAUGAAGAGGGUCAACUGGUCCAAGAUAGUGCCUCAGGAGAUGGCAGAGAAUUGCUUUUGGAUCAAAGUCAAAGAGGAGAAAUUUGAGAACCCAGAUCUAUUUGCCCAACUCUGUCUCACUUUCUCAUCCAAGUCCAGAGUGAAAAAGGAUUUGGAGGAAACGGAUAACAGAAUGACACAAUUUAAGAAAAAAGCAAAAGAGUUGCGAAUCCUGGAUGCCAAAACGGCCCAAAAUCUGUCCAUUUUCCUUGGAUCGUUUCGAAUGCCUUAUGAUGAGAUCCGGGAUGUUGUCCUGGAGGUGGAUGAGGAGAAGCUGAGUGAGGCGUUAAUCCAGAACCUGAUCAAGAAUCUCCCUGAACAGAAGGAGCUGAGCUCUCUUGCUGAGCUGAAGAGUGAGUACGAGGAGCUGUGCGAGUCAGAGCAGUUUGGCAUUGUGAUGAGCUCAGUGAAGCUAUUGCGUCCUCGUCUGAAUGGAAUCCUGUUCAAGCUGACAUUCGAGGAGCAAGUAAACAACAUCCGUCCUGACAUCAUGAACGUCACCUUUGCAUGUGAGGAAGUGAAGAAGAGUGAGAGCUUUAGCAAGCUCCUGGAAUUGGUACUGCUUGUGGGAAACUACAUGAAUGCAGGCUCCAGAAAUGCCCAGACUUUUGGGUUUAACAUCAGCUUCCUUUGCAAGCUACGGGACACAAAGUCAACAGACCAGAAUACAACACUGAUGCAUUUCUUGGCUGAGAAAUGUGAGGAGAUGUAUCCACAGAUCCUGAAGUUCCCUGAUGAGCUGGAGCAUGUGGAGAAUGCCAGCAAAGGGAACCUGGAGCCUAUCCCAGGGAACAUCGGGCACAAGGCGGGGUACACCCUGGACAGGGUGCCAAUCCAUCGCAGGGCACACUCACAUACACAUUCACACACCCAUUCAUACACUAUGGACACUUUGGACAUGCCAAUCAGCCUACCAUGCAUGUCUUUGGACUGGGGGAGGAAACCGGAGUACCCGGAGGAAACCCCCGCAGAGAACAUGCAAACUCCGCACACACAGGGCCACGGUGGGAAUCGAACCCCUGAACCUGGAGGUGUGAGGCGAAUGUGCAAACCACUGUGGAUAACAAUGGAACAGUUGUUGUUUUGGGAAAAACACCUUUACAUCAAGGAAGCAGAGGCACAGCCCUCAGAUACCAGCUUCUAUAGGUGGAUUAACAAGGACCUCACUCCUCAGCUACAGUCCUCAUUCAGACAACUAUUACUGAUGUCAUUGCAGCAAGACAUCUCCCUGCUUCAGCUUUGAACCUAAUGGUGGAUAAUCUUCUUGUCUUAAUACUCUUGUCUCAAUACUUUUGUCUCAAAAAAUUAUAUCCCAAUUUCUGUAUGACAUUUUUCAACGCAUCUUUCAGUCUUUACCAGUAUUUGUCAAAGACACUUAAUAUAUAUAUUUUUUUUUACAAAUUCUCGAACAAUUUUAUGAACAUUCCUUGCACAGAAACCAUCUACCUUUAUCUAUGGUCAUCAAAAGUCUGUAUACAGUCAUCAUGAAUGAAGCUGGAUUGAGAUCUCUAAAACAUUAUCUGCAUGCAUGACUAAAUUAGGACCUGACUACUGACAUUGAGUCUCAUUUAUCAAGCUGAAUAUGAAUGGAUUUUUCAUAUUUUUUUUCAAUCCAGUGUUUACACAACAAAUGUGGUAUUCAUGAAAACCCUGUGUAUUUGGAAAAAUGUUGUGCUUCUGAGUGUAUGUCAAUUUAUGCAUAAAAAUACUAACUAAUGUAAACAUUGACUUGAUUGACUUCAGAUCAUAAAAUUCCAGGAAUUGCUGCACUUUUUUAUUUUUAAGCUGGAAACCCCCACAUAUGCCUUUUCUUUCAGCAGAGGGAAAGUUUUAAAUUAUGGCCCUGUGCCAUGCAUGGGGUUUAUUCAUGUAAAAAAUCAGGUUGCUGGUGCUGCCAUCCUCAUGGAGGUCUGCAAAUAGAGUCUCUGGAUUUUCUGUCAGUCUCUUGUUUUUGUAAACUUUUCAUGCAGUUUCAUAAGAAAUACCUUCUGGAUAGUUCAAUGGAAUGGCCUCCACACUUUGGGUUUGUGUAGGCCUAGGGCUAUAGGCCAUUUGCACCUGUGGGUGUGGAUAAUUCCUGCUAUUGUUUUUCACUAGACGUUUUCACACCUUCCUUUUCACAGCUCCAACAUGUAGGUCGGCUGGACAGGUAGAUCUGAACCCUCAUAGAGCAACUGUGGGGAUAAAGAUGUGGAGGUGAAAAGUAAAAGUAAUAAUAUUAAUAAUUACUUGAGUAAGAGUAAUAAAGUAUACGAUGAGAAGACUUCAAGUUACUAGUUACUUCGGAUCUGAUUAAAAUCAAGGGAAAAUCCUGAAUUUCAGACUACAUGGAAAACUCUGUGUGUGUGUGCUCUGACAUGCUUGGUUCUUCUCCAUCUCGAGGAUGCUAAACACAUGAGCGGUUGUUGUGUCAGACCACUGCAGUGCAUCGUGAGGCAUCAUUGUACAUCAUUUAAACGAAUUAUUAAAACUACCUUUCAUAUUUAACAGUAACAGAGGAAUGGCACAGAAUGUAGCAAAGUAAAAGAACACAUUUCUGUGAUUAAAAAUGAACUUGUGUAAGAGUAUAAGUAUGGCCUGUUAACUAUAAAAAGUUGUUUUUUUUCCCCAAAAGUUACUGAAGGAAAUUUAACAGAAUAAAUUACUACCCACAUCUGAGUUUACAUAGUCAGGAUCUGUAAAUCACAUUGUGAAUAUGCUCUUUCUGUAACAGCACAUUUGAUAAAUGUUGCCACAUGUUUAAAUUGAUACAUAAAAUGUUUGAAUAUUUGGUUUAAUUUUGAUCGAUUCACACAGUACAGUACAAUAAAACUCAAUCCAGUGACGUGGAACCGAUAUACGAAUUUGAAUCAAGUAAAUUCAAUAAGCUUGGUUCAGUUUGUAGGCUUCUGUGUUCACUUUAAAUCAGUUUUUAAAUAACUUUUAAUUGGACUAAACUUGAAAGACAUGUUCUGACCCUAACCCUAUGUUCUGAGGAUGUCUGCAAAGUUUUGGGCAUGAUCAAUGAUAGGAAAUGGAGUUAAGACCAAAUAGCUGUUUUUAAGGAACAAAAAGUCCAAAAUUGUGUGCUGCAUCAAUCUGUUAAUCUGCAACUGGGUUUUCAACCAUUGAUGAAUUACAUGGCCACAUUCAGCCAAUUAGGCUUCAGCGAGCAUUUCACACAACCAGCACUGGUCAUAAAACUCGAUAAGUUAAGGUCUGGAUAAAUCUAUGGUCUCUUUAUUGUUCUAUGUAAUUUGGCAAGAACUGGCUACUGGGUGUGAUAUUUUUUGAGGUGUGCUUGGACCUCGCAGAUUAUAUCAUCAUAAUAAUAGUAAUAAUUAGCCAAAUUCAUUUAGGUCCCACCCACUAAUUUCUGCUAUGAUGGGAUGUUUGCCAAUCACAUGGUAUUUGAACCUUAAUUUUGAGAACUUGUCGAGGCGUUUUUGUCCAAUCUUCACAAAUGUUUCGCAAUGUCAAUCAAUUUUAACAAGGCAGAGCCUAAUUUAUUCAAACAGCUGCAACUCAUGUUCACUUGCAUGAAAUUGCACAAAAAUUGAAAUACAUAUGAAACUCGCAUCAGCGGCAGGCAGAGCACAGACACACAGAGGCGAUUUGAGGAGAAUUAGUGCUGGGUUUAUUUACAAUAUGUACAAACUUACAAAAAUUAGAAAGGGGUAACGUGAAGGAGAGGAGUGAAGGGAGUGCAGUGAGUGCUGAUGGAAAUCUGGUGAUCCCAUCAGAGCGUUGCAGCGGGGCUCCCAAAUGGGGCAGACAUCCGGGCUACCGCCGGGCUGAUGUCACAAUAUAUAGGGACAAAAUUCUGAGGUAAUAUACAAAGUUUGGGUUGUUGGCAUACAUAGGGGUGGAGCUAAGGUCAGCUGAAAUUUGGUGCUGCAUCGAUAUGCUAUUAUUUUACUGGAUUUUUAAUCAUCAUUGAAUUACUUCAGAACCAUGGCAAGAACAGAUAGCACUUGGAUAGCACCUUGGUCAGUACAUAAUACUCUUUGCUGCUACUCAGGCAAGAUAGAUAAGCCUGAUCGGAAAAUUAAUUUUUUCUACCUGGGUAAUUUACUCAAACUUGGUUUCUCCUGAACAAGAGGUUCAGCCUCAAGAACUAUUUAGCUCCCACUUAUAUUUGUAGGUCAUUUGCACAAUAUGCAUUAUUUUGGUGUCAAACUACUCAGCAGAGUGUUGCUUUCCGUAAUUAUGAAAUAUAUGUUGAUGUUUCUGAACAAUAUGACUACCACAUAUUAGGUCCAAUGUUAGGUUCCAUGCCACAGUUAGAUCCCAUAUCUUUAACUACCCCAUGUGUCUGUGUGUGUAUGGGUGUAAAUUGUUAUUAUUUUCUUUAAAGAUCUUAUAUCCCAUUUAGUACUGCCCUUCAGAAGCUACAUGAGAUAUUUACAUGUUUACCAAAAGACAAAAUAAUAACAAUUUACACUGAUAAAUUAAGCAUAAGCAGUGCAUUCUUCCGGUUUGUGACUUUGUGUACAUUACCACGUGUGUUUGUUUUGUUUUUUUGUCUUGUCUCCACCCCUGCAUCAUUAUUGGUUGUUUCCCUCACGUGUUAUGCACACCUAUUCCCAUUUCCCACUCAGUGCAUUUUCCCACUUUUUGUGGACACCCCGGCUCCUUUUAACAAUACUGGAAUGGAUUCUUCCUCCAGUUCCAGUUUUAUUUUGGAGCUUGCUAGACCCCAAUCCUGAAGAGAAGCAGUGGCUAGGGUUCAUGUUAUCCUGGUUCACCAGCCGAGCUUCUAGUUGCCAUGGGAGCCAUGGGCCUAGGAAGCAUGGAUGAGUUCGUCUGCCUGAUGAGGAUGAUUUAUAGAAAAGGGGACUAUGGGGACACUCUCUGACACAAUCAUCUUGUUCAAAAGCUUACAUCUCCCUGGCUCUUAAUGUAUCAAACCCUCCAGGACAGCACUUAGAGGAAUUUGAAAUUAUUCAAAAUUACCACAGAUUUUCUGAGGAUUCAUCACAACACACAUUCAGCCAAAGUCCUCUUCGAUUUACAUGCAUCGAACAUGAGUAUAGAUAAAAGGUUUAAUUUUAUCUAAAAGACUGUGCAAUUGCAAUUUAAUUCCAAUUCAAAUAGUCUUCUUCAAAAAGGCACAAAAAAACUUUGCGAAUCUACAAACAACUCACAGUAUAAACAAUCAAGUGUAUCUAAACUUUUGAACUGAUUAUUUUGUGUAAAUUCAAUUAUUAUUGUGUCUUGUGGACUAUAUGUAAACAUCUUUUAUGCGGAAUAGCUUAUUCAGGGCAGUACUAAAUAAAAAACAAAAUGCAUUUUUUUACGAUAAUGCCUCCACCAACCAGUGAUGGACAUAGAAAAAGAGUUUUAAUAGAUUUUUUUUGAGGCCUUGCUCAAAAUCACAUGUGAUCUCCCAUCAGUGCACUCCCUGUCCAUGAAGUAUAUAAAGAGCAGGGCCAUAAAAUCAUCUCAGACUCCCUUAUCAAGCAACCUCUCAACUGCUGACUGUACUUUAGUCAUUGCUGGAUACGGAUUGAUUCCUUUUUGUUUGCAGUAAGAAAAGUGUUGCAUCCUCAACAAACUCCUCAAAAAAGGCAGGACAAAUUUACACUCACUAGAAUACACUUUAUCUGUAGUAUAAUUUCUAAUGUAUGUGUUUUCCUAAAGUUUUUCUCUUUUUCAGUCUUAUCUUGCCUGGAAUUAUUAUUAUUAUUUUUAUUUAUUUAUUUAUUUAUUUUAUUUUUUUUGCUGUUUUGUUAAUUUACACUUAAUCAGAGAUGUGAAACUCAAAUUACUGUCAACAUUGAUGGACAACAAUAAUAAAAAAAAAUGAAUCUAAAACAUGAAUCUGGAACAGAAGAGGAGGUUUUACUCCAUCAUAUUAUGCUCUCUAGCUUAUACAACUUAUACAGCUAUUCUUUACACCUCCUAUGAAUAGAGUUCUGCAAAGCCACUAUUAAUCAAGAUGCAGCCACAGCAAUCAGAAGAGUAUUUUCCCACU